AUGCACCAAUGGAGGUGUUCACCACUUUCCACUACUGAGACACUGAACCUGACAGAUGGUUCUCCCCUUGGCUCUGAGGAUAUUACUAGAUACAGGAGUCUUGUUGGUGCUCUUCAGUAUUUGACCCUGACCAGACCUGAUAUUUCUUUUUCUAUUAAUAAGGUAUGUCAGUAUCUUCAUGCUCCUACAACUGCACAUUGGACUGCUGUAAAAAGGAUUUUGAGGUAUAUUCAUGGCACAAGUCGAGUUGGUCUAACCUUUCAGAGGUCUUCCUCCACUCUUCUUAGUGCUUAUUCAGAUGCAGACUGGGCAGGUGAUUUAAAUGACAGACGCUCUACUGGUGGAUUUGCUAUCUUUUUUGGUCCCAAUCUUAUUUCUUGGACUGCCAGGAAACAACCUACUGUGUCUCGUUCCAGCACAGAGGCUGAAUAUAAAGCGCUUGCAAAUGCCACGGCUGAGCUUAUUUGGGUUGAAGCCCUUGUUGGUGAACUUGGUGUGACACUCAAAGAGAAACCAUGUUUGUGGUGUGAUAAUCUUGGUGCCACCUACCUGUCUGCUAACCCAGUUUUUCAUGCUCGUACUAAGCACAUUGAGAUUGACUUUUUCUUUGUUCGGGAACGGGUUGCUCGCAAGCAACUUGUUGUUAGGUUCAUCUCCAGCAAGGAUCAGAUUGCAGAUGGCUUCACUAAAGUUCUAUGUUCCAGGAAACUAGAUGAGUUUAAGCGUAAUCUAAACCUCUCCCAGGUCUAG